AUGGAUUUGCCUGGGAACCUAACGACCAACCUCAGCCUGGGCACAGAAGACCCACGCCCCCGCCCGCUCCGCCUCUCGGUGCUCGGUGCGUUUGUGCUGACCUUGCUCGGCUGUCUGGUGGCAGCGACCUUCGCCUGGAACGCGCUGGUACUGGCGACAAUUGCGCAUGUGCGCACCUUCCACCGCGCUCCAUACAACCUGGUGGUGUCCAUGGCCAUCUCGGACGUGCUGGUGGCCACGCUGGUCAUGCCGCUGAGUCUGGCGCACGAGCUGGCCGGGCGUCGCUGGCGCCUGGGCGCGCGGCUGUGCCAGCUGUGGAUCGCGUGCGAUGUUCUCUGCUGCACAGCUAGCAUCUGGAGUGUGAUGGCCAUCGCGCUGGACCGCUAUUGGUCCAUCACACGCCACCUGGCGUACACGCGGGGCACGCGUCGGCGCGUCUCCAACCUCAUGAUCGCGCUGACGUGGGCGCUGUCCGCAGCCAUCUCGCUGGCGCCGCUGCUCUUCGGCUGGGGGGAGAUCUACUCGGAGAGAGCCAGGCUGGUCCGGCGCAGCCUCCCGGAGCAGAGCGGCCUGCUGACCUCCAAUGGCAUUUGGGGGAAGAGUGGAGCUCCCCCGGGGGGGGCCUCUGAGAGGGUCCCUGCUCAGGAGCCCCAGAUGCUGUUCACCGCCCGCCACAACACCGUCACCUUCCAGGCAGAAGGGGACACGUGGAGGGAGCAGAAGGAGCAGAGAGCCGCCGUGAUGGUGGGCACUCUCAUCGGGGUGUUUGCCAUCUGCUGGCUCCCCUUCUUCACCACGGAGCUCGUCAGCCCCCUCUGCGCCUGCGACCCCCCUGCCCUCUGGAAGAGCAUCUUCCUUUGGCUCGGCUACUCCAACUCCUUCUUCAACCCCCUGAUCUACACGGCCUUCAACAAGAGCUACAGCAACGCCGUCAGGAGCUUCUUCUGUAGGCAGCACUGA